GUAUCAAACACGUAUCUGGUUUCAUUCAGGAGUUCGUGUAUGUAACCCUUUCAUCACUAAAUAAAUAGGGUUUCUUUUCUAAUUCUACCCGCGCCCCCACCCCCAAAUUCCAAACAAACGCACCCACAUUCAUAUAUCAUCAAGCCCCCCCCCCCUCUUUUUUCCUUCCUCUUUCGUAAUAAUCAAAUUCAAUCUUCAAGGGAAAAUGACGAAACCACCGUCGUCAGCAGCAGCAGCAACCAACAAGAAAAAGCGGAAAAAAAACAAAAACAAAAAACCCAAUCGCAGAAGCCUCUCGUAUUCGUUUUCGACAGAUACUGGAACACUUUCAGGCUUCCAAUGCCGAUGUGUACACGUUUGAAGCCAGCCUUUCAAAGUUUGAACGGGCCGAGGUGCACAAAAUGUGCGGAACAAUGGGUUUGAAGUCAAAAAGUUCCGGGUCUGAAUUAGGAGGUAAUAGGCGCAUAUCAGUGUACAAGUCCAAAAAGAAGUCCAACAGUAUGAAAAAGGAGGAGGCUCUCACUUGUUUUGCUUUUUCAUAUGAGGGGAAGAUAGUCUUGCAAGACUAUUUUACUCUGUAUCCACCUGGUAAUCAAGAGGGGGAACAAAAGACCGCAACCUUGUCUAGCAAGAAUAUCGGUAGGACACGAAAGAAGGCAGACGAUAUUUUUUCCAAACCUGAUAUGAAAAAGCCUGAAAUUGCAAAGAAGCUUGAAUCUGUUGCUGCCAAAAUGAAAUCGGACCCCGUGUUGAAACAGAUAACUGAAAGUAGGUCCAAACUUCCAAUUACAUCCUUUAAGGACGUUAUUGCAUCAACAAUAGAAUCCAAUCAGGUAGUCCUUAUAUCUGGUGAAACUGGAUGUGGGAAGACCACACAGGUGCCUCAAUAUUUGUUGGAUCAUAUGUGGAGUAAGGGUGAAGCAUGUAAAAUAGUCUGCACCCAGCCUCGACGAAUCUCCGCAAUCUCAGUUGCCGAAAGAAUAUCUACUGAAAGAGGUGAACAUAUCGGAGAGAGUGUUGGGUACAAGAUAAGGAUGGACACCAAAGGUGGAAGACGAUCGUCUAUUGUAUUUUGCACGAAUGGGGUUCUGUUGAGGGUCUUGGUAACAGCUGGCAAUGGUAGGUUCAGAUAUGAAGCCUCAUCAAAGAUGGCCAAGGAUGCAUUUCCUGACAUCACUCACAUCAUCGUGGAUGAAAUUCACGAGAGAGAUCGAUUCUCUGAUUUUAUGUUAACAAUCAUCAGAGACAUGCUUCCUUUGUAUCCUCAUCUACGUGUGGUAUUGAUGAGUGCUACACUAGAUGCUGAAAGAUUUUCUCAAUACUUUGGUGGCUGCCCGAUCAUACGUGUCCCUGGGUUCACUUAUGAUGUGAAAAGGCUAUAUCUGGAAGAUGUUCUCCUGCUUGUAAAAUCAGAGUCGAAUAAAGUUUCCCAUCUUGAUUGCACUCCCAAAACUAAUUUUGAUGUUAACUCUGAGUUAACUGAAGAUUACAGACUUGCCCUUGACGAGGCUAUUAAUAUUGCUUGGUCAAAUGAUGAGAUGGAUUCCCUCUUAGACUUCGUUUCAACUGGUAGAGGACUUAAUUUUCAGCAAUCCAUGACAGGUGUCACACCAUUAAUGGUUUUUGCUAGAAAAGGUAGAGUGGGUGAUAUGUGCAUGCUUCUUUCCUUUGGUGCCAAUUGCCAUUUACAAGAUAAACAAGGCAAUACUGCGCUUGCAUGGGCUGAACAUGAGAACCAGAAAGAAGCUUCGGAGAUUCUAAGAAAACAUCUAAACACAACCUUGGUAGAUCCAGCAGAAGAAAAGAAGUUGCUCGAUAGAUACUUGCAAGAUGUUAAUCCUGAAUUAAUUGAUGUUAUCCUCAUAGAGGAAUUACUGAGAAAAAUAUGUACAGAAUCUAAAGAAGGGGCUAUUCUUGUUUUUCUUCCGGGAUGGGAUGAUAUAAAUAGAGCACGGGACAUAUUAAGUUCUAGUAAUUUGUUCAAAGAUUCUUCUAAGUUUUUGAUAUUAGCUCUUCAUUCUAUGGUCCCGGCUGCAGAACAGAAGAAAGUUUUUAAAAGGCCGCCUCAAGGUCGCAGGAAGAUUAUUCUUUCAACAAAUAUGGCGGAAACAGCUGUCACAAUCGAUGAUGUUGUAUUUGUAAUUGAUACAGGAAGGAUGAAAGAAAAAAGUUAUGACCCUUAUAAUAAGGUAUCAACUCUUCAAUCAUCUUGGAUUUCAAAAGCAAGUGAAAAACAGAGGGAAGGACGAGCAGGGAGGUGCCAGCCUGGAAUAUGCUACCAUCUUUACUCGAAACUUAGGGCAGCUUCGCUGCCUGAAUUCCAGGUGCCUGAGAUCAAGAGAACACCGAUUGAAGAACUAUGUUUGCAGGUGAAACUUCUUGAUCCAAGCUGCAAAAUAGAAGACUUCUUGAAAAAAACGUUAGAUCCUCCGGUUUCUGAAGCCAUUCAUAAUGCGGUUACUGUUCUCAAAGAUAUUGGGGCGUUGUCACCCAAUGAGGAACUCACUGAGCUUGGGGAGAAACUUGGUUGGAUGCCUGUUCAUCCUUUAACAAGCAAGAUGCUGCUUUUUGCUAUCUCAGUUGGCUGUCUUGACCCAGCUUUGACUUUAGCUUGUGCUAGUGAUUAUAGAGACCCCUUCACCCUUUCCAUGUUUCCUAAUGACAAAAGGAAAGCAACAACUGCUAAAAGUGAGUUGGCUUCGUUAUAUGGGGGCCAUGGUGAUCAAUUAGCAGUUAUAGCAGCCUUUGAUUGCUGGAAAGGUGCCAAACAAAUGGGAGUAGAGGCACGGUUUUGUUCUCAGUAUUUCGUGUCCAAAGGCGUCAUGAACAUGCUAUCAGGAAUGCGUGCACAACUCCAAAAUGAACUCCAUAGGAAUGGAUUCAUUCCUGAUAGUUUAUCCAGCUUUAGUGAAAAUGCUCAAGAUAUUGGUAUAAUCCAUGCAGUUCUUGUUGCGGGUUUAUAUCCUAGAGUGGGAAGGAUACUUCCACCUAGAAAGAAUACGCAACGGUUGGUUAUAGAAAAUGCUAACAGCGAGAAGAUUCGGAUACACCCUCAGUCCGUUAAUUCUAAGUUUAGCUUCAGGAAUCAAAAUGUCAGUCCUUUGGUUAUAUAUGAUGAGAUAACACGCGGUGAUGGGGGUUUGAAUAUUAGAAAUUGCAGUGUUAUUGGCCCGCUUCCUAUAUUAUUGCUUGCUACAGAAAUUGCGGUGGCCCCUACUGAUGAUGGUAGCGAAGAUGAUAGUGAGACCGUUUAUGAAGAUAGUGAUGAGGAAGAAGAUAAUGAAGACGAAACGAGGAUGAGGCAUGAUGAUAGAAUAAUGUCUUCCCCUGAGAAUGUAGUCAAAGUUAUUGCAGAUAGGUGGCUUUCGUUUGAAACUACAGCCCUGGAUGCUGCUCAGAUUUACUGUUUGAGAGAAAGGUUGUCUGCCGCAAUCAUGUUCAAGAUCACACAUCCAGGAAAAGAUCUUCCUGAAAUUCUUGCAGCCUCCUUACGUGCAAUAGCUAAAGUACUAUCUUAUGAUGGCCUUUCUGGGAUCUACACACCUCUGGAAUCUGUGGACUCCCUGACUUCUAUGGUUAAAGACACUGAUAUUGGGCAGCCGGUCAGAAGUUCAAAUAACUUUCUUAAAUCGCUUCUCUCAUAUGGUUCACAACAGUACUCCCAAAAACGUAGAGGGGAUGCAGUACAGUUCAAACAUCAUGCCCAUCCAUCUAAUUCAGGACCACCAAACCAACAUAAAAAUCAGGCCUUGAACGGAUCUAGUGCUCCCAGGCUGGACUCUCUCAAACGCCAACGUGGAAACAAGGCUUAAUAUAAGUGGCCUUUUAGAAUGUCAGGUUGUAUAACAUAUUCAAUUACUUAAAUCAUUAAUCCAACUGGCGUUCCUUUUGUGCAAGUGUAUCAGUUCUUAUGUUGUUGGCAUGUAUUCAGAUUUUCACUUGACCUUUUCAUUACAUAUAGCAAUUUAAACUACUUUACAGGUUUUGGAA